UCGGAGAUAGGAUCACGCGAGAGCACCGGCUUCUCGCUCUUUGACUACCCUUAGGAGCUGUCAAACCCAGGGAAAAUAGCAGAAAGGCGUAUUGUGUUGCGAAGGCCUUGUUAUUAUUUUACCGAAGGGAAACCUAAACCCUGUACUUUCGCUUGCAAAUAGCCGUCGCCUUAAAAGCCGCACUUAACCGUCUUCUCUCUACUGGCGCUGCAGCCUCAGCAACAAUGGCGGAUCCCAAGUAUGCUAAUUUGCCAGGCAUUGCCUCCAACGAGCCCGAUGUGUACGAGACCAGUGACCUGCCGGAGGAUGACCAGGCCCAGUUUGAAUCGUUUGUGCAAGAGCUGGAGGAGCUGUGCAGUGACAGUGUGGAAAGGAUUGUGGUGAACCCCAAUGCUGCCUAUGAUAAGUUCAAGGACAAGAGGGUCAGCACUAAGGGCUUGGAUUUUUCGGAUCGUAUCAGCAAGACUCGUCGGAUUGGCUAUGAGUCUGGGGAGUAUGAAAUUCUGGGGGAGGGACGAGGGGUGAAGGAGACUCCCCAGCAGAAAUACCAGCGGCUGGUUAAUGAGAUCCAGGAACUGACUGAGGAGGUGGAACAGAUUAAGGCCACCACCAAAGAGUCCAGCAGUGAGGAGCGUCUCACCCCAGCAGCCCUGGCCCAGCAGGCUGCCCAGCUGAAGCAGCAGCUGGUGUCCUCUCACCUGGAGAGCUUGCUGGGUCCAAACGCCCAUAUCGCCCUGACCGACCCCGAUGGUGCACUCACUCAGCGCCUGCUCGUCCAGCUGGAGGUGGCGCGGGGGCCCCGGGCCAAAGCAGGGGCCGGGGAGGGGAAGCCGGCAGGGCGGGGACCGGAGGGGGCAGUGGUGUAUGAACUGCACAGCCGUCCGGAGCAGGACCGCUUCACUGAGACGGCCAAGAUUUUGGAGCUGGAGAAGCGUCUUGCGGAGCUCGAGGUUGCAGUGGGAUCUGGCCCGGAGAGACAGAGUUCUCUGACAGUGGCACUGCAGGGCGCCAGUCUGAUGGACACCAUUGAGCUGCUGCAAGCGCGAGUCAGUGGUCUGGACUCGGCCACACUGGACCAGGUGGAGGCCAGGCUGCAGAGUGUCUUGGGCAAGAUGAAUGAGAUCGCCAAGCAUAAGGCAACAAUUGAAGAUGCAGAGACACAGACCAAGGUGUCUCAGUUGUAUGAUGUCAUUCAGAAGUGGGAUGCCAUCGCAACCUCACUUCCACAAGUGGUCCAGAGGCUUGUUGCAGUUAAGGAACUGCAUGAGCAAGCUAUGCAGUUUGGGCAGCUGCUGACACACCUGGACACCACCCAGCAGAUGAUCAGUAACUCUCUAAAGGACAACGCCACUCUCCUGUCUCAGGUGCAGCAGACCAUGAAGGAGAAUCUGAUCACAGUGGAGGAGAACUUUUCCAGUCUGGAUGCCAGGAUGAAGAAACUUGCUAAAUAAAACGGUGAGGGGGUCCCUCUCACUGCUCGACUUCAGCUGUUUGCAAAACGGAUUUCAACUACACAAGAGACCAAAUCAAUCCCCACUCCCCUCCCCUGAACGAGUCUCAUGCUCAAACCACAUCGUUAUACACUAAUUCUCCCUUCGAAGACUGCAGAAUCUGUUCUGUUCACCCAAAGCCUUUGUGGCGAUGUGCCCUUGAUCCCAAGGUUCAGGAUUGAGAUGAAAGCGAGAGCCUGCUUGCACUGCUAUAUUCCCCUGAGCUCUGUCGGUGGACUUAAUAAAAGCGGGGCUCUGUGCUCGUUUUGUGGAGCCUCUUUGUUUUAUGUGCUCACUAGCAGUGUUAAUGAGGAUGAUGUAUGGGCCAUAUUCACGUCUCAAGUUAAGCACAGCAGAAAUGGUAGGGAAUCGUAGCCUUGAAUCCUACCUGUUAGCGUUAAUGGGUCGCUCUGAUAGAUAGAGUGGUUGGGGACUGUCCAAAGUGCUUGUCCGGGUCCAGUCCAAGAAUGUUUCAAGUAACUGUUUGGGCUGAGCUAAGUUUGUUCUGAGUUUUUAACUUUUGCCAGUCUCAAGAAGACAAUGCCUGAAGUCGCUGUUGACUGGAUAUUGAAUAGUUCUAAAGUAAAAUGUAACAGUCUAAAUUAACACUGCUUGAAAUAAAGGAUUUAUGUUCCUUGGGGGGUGCCUAACUCAGCUGACUGUUCCCCUCAAAUGAAAAAUGUACGUGUUGACAGUUCAGAAUGUGCACAAGGUCUUGUAUUCUUGUGAAGAAAAACAGCUUGUAAAUAUGCUUGUCUACCUUAAACUAAUUUUAUGUUCAUUGGAGUGUUACUGCUAUAAUUAUUAUGACUAAGCCAGAGACUGACCAUGAGAGCCUGGCCUUUUACUGGGCACUGCACUGCCUGUGCUGUACUGUACAUCCGCUGGAACAGAAAUAAAGUGCAUUACCCGA